GUGGAAACAAAUAAUAAACGGUCCCUCGAACAGUUUCCAAACGUAAAUACAAUGGCGAGGUUCACCUACUUCGACGCGAUGCUAAUAGUAUUAAUUUGCUUUCAUUUAGCGGGUGCUCAACAUCCUCCUGUUGUUUUAUGGCACGGAAUGGGUGACAGCUGUUGUAAUCCCUUAUCAAUGGGUAGCAUCAAAAAUGCUAUUGAGGAAAGCUUACCUGGCAUCUAUGUUAGGUCCUUGAUGAUUGGAAAUAAUAUUAUAGAGGAUAUUGAAAAUGGCUUUCUUAUGAAUUCCAACCUUCAAAUUACUAAAGUAUGUGAAAUGUUAGCAGCUGACAAAAAACUGGUUAAUGGAUACAAUGCUAUUGGUUUCUCUCAAGGAGGUCAAUUCUUCCGAGCUGUUGCUCAGCGCUGUUCAGUUCCUCCAAUGUGGAACUUGAUAUCUGUUGGAGGCCAACAUCAAGGUGUCUUUGGAAUUCCACACUGUCCCGGUAAAAAUUCUACUCUGUGUGACAUGAUACGUAAAAUGUUGAACAUGGGAGCAUAUAAGAGUUUCGUUCAAGAUCAUAUUGUACAAGCUCAAUAUUGGCAUGAUCCUUUUAAUGAAGGUGAAUAUAGAAAUAAGAGCAUUUUCUUGGCUGACAUCAAUUUAGAGCGUCCAAACAUUUUGCCCUAUAAGAAAAACUUGCUGAAAUUGAAAAACUUUGUUCUAGUCAAAUUUACUCAGGAUGAAAUGGUUCAGCCUAGAGAAAGUGAAUGGUUUGGCUUCUACAAACCUGGCCAAGACAAAGAAACAUACACAAUGGAAGAAAGUCCUUUAUACAAAGAGGAUCGACUUGGACUGAAGACACUCAAUAAAACUGGACGCCUGCAUUUAUUAAGUUUCCCUUCAGACCAUCUGCGGUUCACUCUCUCCUGGUUCAAUGAAACUAUAAUUCAAAAGUACCUGAAAUAAAUUUGAUCAUUCAAAAAUUUUAAUUUACCUCUUCCUAUAGGAAGUCAAAUAUAUUCCACAACAACUAUGUUUUUUGUUCUUUUUUUUUAUGGGACAUCUACAGAAAUAAAGAUGCUAUAUAUUUUGAUGAAUAGUUAAAAAUUACACAUUUUUAUCCUCAUUAUUGAAAAUGUUUAUAUUUGAAAUAAACUAAUACCAAAUGAUUAAAAAUGUUUAUAAAUAAAACAAAAGCAUGAAAUAAAUAGUUUUCUUUAAGUAAUUUGAUUUCAGUCAUAUAUCAGUGUUAAUGUUUUUUUUUAUGACUCAUCGAGAUGUAUUUGAACAGUGUUAUAGAUUGGAAGAGUUAUUAGAUCUUCACUUCUAAUCACAAUCAUCCUGUCUUUAUUGGGAAAUAUGCCAGCAUUGAAAACGGACAUUAAAUGAUGAUGAUAAUGUGACAAUAUGAAAAUAUAAUUUUUAUCUUAACCAUCUUUUAAUGGAAAUCUGGUGUUUGUGAAAUGAAAUAUGGCUGCGUUUUUGUAUGGAUUAUUUUCAGUUGAUCAAAGCUUUUCAAGACAUUUAGUCAUUGGAAACAUGUCAAAGCUAACACUGGAACUCAAUGCAGUCCUGCAGCUUACCAGAUCCUGUUAAACCAUGGAAAAUUAAUGCUAAAUGCCAAUAAUGAUGGUGGUAUGUUACAUAAUGAGUAUAUCUAGUCUGCAGAAUGUUUGUCUGAGGUAUUUUUCCUCACUUAUAUUGUUGAUAUUCAUAAUCAGCAUUGCUUCAUUCUCUCAAUAUAUCCAUCAUUCUUUCUAUCUAUGUAUCUAUAUACUUAUCACUUUUAAGUUUUGCUUGCUGAGUAGCAUUUCCAUUGAUGUGGCAGUCUAAUAAGAUUGAAACAACUAUUGUUUUCACCACUGGAAUAAAGCCAAGAUUCACUCAUCAAUUGUUAUUUUUAUUGGAGUUAUCCUUCCUGCUUGCUUUUUUACCUUCACUAAUUACAGGAAUAAUCUCGGGUAAUUAAGUUUUCAUUGCCAUGUAUCAUGAGAGACACUGCAAUAUAUGUACUAUGCAAAAAUUUUGUUGUCAAAUAAGUUUUCUUUAAUGUUAUUUGCUGCAGUAUAUAAAAAUAUAUUUUUAAUGUUUAUACAUUUUCAUUGAUUAAAAAUAUUUCUAAAUGUAAAA